AUGCCUGAUAUUUGGAGUGAAACUGACUCGGAAUCGUGGACUGAUGAUGAAGUGCAAAUUUGUGAUAACGAAAGUGAUAGCGGAAGUGAUAUUAUUAUUCCUAAAAAGAGAUUACGGGCUAUUAGCGAGAGCAGCGAUGACGAACUAAGUGGAGACUGCACCGAACAUGCCUCUGUUGAUGAAUUUUUGCAUUUGGAUUCAUGGUAUUCGAAUGAAAAGUUUUACUUUACGGAGGUUCCUGGUCCACAACAUCCGCCUGAUCCUGAAGCAAAACCAAUUGAAUAUUUCUCCAUAUUCUUUUCGUUUUCCCUACUCUCUACAAUGGUUACUGAAACAAACCGGUACGCUCAUCAGUUUUUGAGUUCCAACAACACUUUGAAGCGUCACUCACGUGCAAAAAAAUGGAAACCUGUUACCAUAGUAGAAAUGAAAGCAUUUAUCACUGUUUUAUUGGAAAUGGGUAUUACUAGACGUCCAACAAUGAUGUCCUAUUGGAAUACAGGCUCAAGGCAAAUACCGUGGUUUGGAAAAAUGUUUCCUAGGGAUAGGUUUUUACUGAUCAUCAAGUUUUUCCAUCUGGUUGACAAUACCACUUUGGCACCACCAGGACAUCCGGAUUACGAUCCAUGUGGAAAGUUUUGCUUUCUUGUGGAUUAUGCCAAUAAGAUUUUUCGUGAACAGUAUACACCGCACCAACAGUUGAGUAUCGAUGAAUCACUGGUGGGUACUCAUUGUCAAUCGAGUAUAAAACAGUACCUUCCUAAUAAAAAACACCACAAGUGGGGGAUCAAAUUUUGGGUCCUUUGUGAUUCUGUUUCAAAGUAUUGCUUAGGAUUUCUGUGUUAUCGAGGCGCAAAGUCAACCGAAAGCAAGGAAGAAAUAAAAAAGAAUGGAUUGGGAUAUGUUGUUGUUCAACAAUUAUUAAAUUUAGGGAAUUAUUUGAAUAAAGGAUUUCAUGUUUUCACCGAUAACUUUUUCACAAGUAUCCAACUAGCAAAAGUAUUAUUGCAAAAAAAUACAUAUAUAACCGGUACCAUCAGAAAAAAUAGAAAAAACGUCCCAAAGGAGGCUAAAUUUGCAGAUGUUGGUAAAUCUAAAUAUUUUGAAAGCAAUGGAAUUCUUAUGUGCUCUUAUCGAGAGAAAAAGUCUCAAAGAAAUCCCGUCAUAUUAGUUUCAACGAACUGCACCACAGAUAACGUAGUCGUUACAAAGAAAAGAGGAAUUUACGAGUCAGAAAAGACGAAACCUGCUGUUGUUCAUAAUUACAACAAGUUCAUGGGUGGUGUAGACGAAGCAGAUAAAAUGCUUUAUGCAUACCUGGAUGAAAGAAGAACAAUGAAGUACUGGAAAAAAGUUGCAUUCAACAUUAUUGGAAGAAUGGUCUUAAACGCCUACAUAAUAUACUCCGAAAAUUAUAAGGAAACAACGCAUAUAAACAACCUACGUCAUCUACACCAAGCCAAAUAUUUAGUCUUGAAAAGCUACCUGGACGAAAUUUGCGGCGAUGUGUGGAAUGCAGCAGUAAACAUGGUGGAGAAGUUAAACGUUCAAACCUAA